CGGAUAGUUAUGCAGCUAUGCCAAAAAUUUUAUUGAAAUAAACAACAAAACGGUUCGAAGUGCUCAAAGUAACAAAGAAAGUUGUUUGUUUGUGGAAAUAUUAUAUUAUUGUAUUAAUAUGGACACCAAUGUAGACAAAGAAAAGGAGAAUCAAGUGGCAAGCGAUGAACCAUCUGAGAAAAAUAAUCGUCCAAUUGAAGCCAGUCUGAAUCCUUGCUGUUCAUCGUGUUCAAUUACAGAAUCAAUUGUUUGGUGUAAAGAUAAGGACAACAAUGUUUUGUGUAAAUUAUGUUCCAAAGCUAAAAAUCUUAAAGGUAGGAAAAAAGGAAAGGCUCUUAAGGAAUCUGGUUCCAAUCAUACAAGAUCUGAAGAGGUAGAUAGUAGGAAUAAAGGUGAUACCAAUGCUGAGAGCUCAAAAACCGAUGAAAAAGUUAACUGUGACAAUGAAACCUCAGGCCGAACAAAUACAGAAGUUAGAAAAUCAACUCGGAAAAGCAGAUUCAAACAAGCAAAUCAAGGGAAAUCAAAUUCGUCGAAAAGCAAAGGAAGACGAAAUAUUUUCAAAAAAUGUGUAUACAAAUCUCCUUCAUCUGUCAUUACUCCGAUUACAUGUGAUGCAGUUUAUUACAAUGGAUUUUUCUAUCAAUCAGGGGAUGUUGUUGAACUCACUGACUUCAUGGGCUCUGUAUAUUAUGCUCAGUUGAGAGGGUUUUUGCAGGAUCAGUAUUGCGAGAAAAGUGCGGUAAUUACCUGGUUAUUGCCCACAAAAGCUUCGCCUAAGGACUAUUUCGACCCAACCACCUACAUAUUGGGACCAGAAGAGGAUAUUCCCAGAAAAUUAGAUUGUAUGAAAUUUGUUUGCAACUGUCCAUCCGACUAUUUCAAAGCAUUAGAAUAUCCAGUUGGCGCACCCGCCUGUUCAGCAAGGGAAGGUGGUUUUAUAUGGACUCGUUUAGGUCCAUCCACAGCGCAAAAAACGUAAUAAAUAUAAUUAUAGCAUCAUUUAA